GAUAGUAAAAUGGUCGCUAGUUUAUGAAAGCAAAAAAUUCGAUAUACAAUAUACGCAUAUUGAUGGACUCUUUAGCUCUACUAUCUUUUCGUUGUAAAAUUUUCAAAAGUUAUACCAUGUCAAGUUGGCGAUGUUACACCAAAGCUGAACUUUUGGCUAUUAUGUGCGUUGGAAUGGCGAUACGUUCAAUAAUUUCGUUGCAUCCAUUUUCUGGUUUUGGUGUGCCACCAAUGUUUGGCGAUUAUGAAGCGCAACGUCAUUGGCAGGAGGUUACAAUACAUUUGAAUAUUAACCAAUGGUACAGAAAUGGCACCCACAAUGACCUACUCUAUUGGGGCCUUGAUUACCCUCCUUUAACUGCCUACCAUAGUUAUUUAAUGGGAAAAGUAGCUCAAUCGCUGGAUCCACGUUUUAUUGCGCUACACACAAGCCGAGGUUUUGAGUCUAAAGAACACAAAAGCUUCAUGCGUUUAACUGUUCUCGCAGCAGACUUUCUAAUCUACUUGCCAGCAAUUUUAUCUAUGUGUAUCUGUAUUGACAGCUCUUACACAAGUAAACUUUCUCAAAUCAUAUUUACAUUGACGAUGAUAUAUCCAGGGCAAAUUCUCAUUGAUAAUGGCCAUUUUCAGUAUAAUAAUAUAUCACUUGGCAUGGCUGCUUUAGCAAUUGCUGCUGCUUUGCGAGAGAAGUAUUCUUUGACGGCUUUUUUCUUUACACUAGCUUUAAACUACAAACAAAUGGAACUUUAUCACAGCCUACCUUUCUUUGUGUUUAUUUUGGGCUCCUGUCUGGCACAACGCAGCUUUUUAUCGUUUGCAAUUAAAUUUAUACUAAUUGCAACAAUUGUUCUAUCGACAUUUGGACUUCUUUGGCACCCUUGGCUACGAUCAUUAAAAGACUUCAUGGAAGUUAUCAGUCGCCUUUUUCCAGUUAAUCGGGGAGUAUUUGAAGACAAAGUUGCCAGCUUUUGGUGUUCAAUGAACAUUAUUUUUAAAUUAAAAAAAUAUUUUUCAAAUCAUCAUAUGGCGUUAAUUUGUUUGGGUACUACACUUUUUGCUUCGCUACCUACAAAUUUGGCAGUUCUUCACCGAAGAAGCCAGCUUGGAUUCUUACUAUCUCUAUUUAAUACUGCUGCUAGUUUCUUCUUAUUCUCAUAUCAAGUACAUGAAAAAACAGUUUUGCUGAUUACAUUGCCAGCACUAUGUUUAUUAAAAUGGUGGCCAAAUGAAAUGUUUUUGUUUCUCGAGGUGUCGGCUUUUAGCAUGCUACCACUUUUAGCUAAAGACAAAUUAUUAGCACCGUCAUUAGCGACUAUUAUUAUUUUCCAUUUAACAUUUAAAUGCAUUCGCUUUCAGCAUAAUAGCAGUUAUAUAUAUUCGUAUUAUUUAAAACGCGUUUUAAAUAUUUCUGAAAUUGUUUUAAGUUUUGUUGCAUGUAGUUAUGUAUUUUUUAGUCCUCCGCUUAAAUAUCCAGACUUUUGGGCUUCAAUUAUUUCGUUCAUAAGCUCCGUUUAUUUUUUUUUGUUUUUAAUAUGGGGAAAUAUAAAGCACCACAAUAGGUAUAAUAAAUAAACACUGAUAUAUAAAUAAAAGUUUGCAAAUUAAUGUGUAACAAUUAA